CGACUAGGUGGAUCUCUUUCUGAUUGGUGAUUGGCUCAAGCUCCUGUCACUGGGGUACUCUGCUCCUUCAGCGUGUGUUAUCAGUGAAAAUGGCGAGCUGGUGUGUACGAGCUGUAAAACAGAGUUACUCUGUUGUAGCAUCUUCUUCAAUAAUAAGGGCAUCCCCACGGCUCCUAUGCACAGCAGCCCAGCAGAAAAGCGGCCAGGGGUCGGAGGAGGACCAGCAUGCUGAGCAGAGCGCAGCAGAGAAGGGCCUUGCUGAGGAGAAGGGCCAGCUGGAGGAGCAGCUUAAAGGGGUCACGGACAAGUACAAGCGGGCCCUGGCAGACACGGAGAACCUGAGGACGAGGAGUCAAAAGAUGGUGGAAGACUCAAAGUUGUAUGGAAUCCAAAGGUUGUGCAAAGACCUGCUGGAGGUGGCGGACAUCUUGGAGAAGGCGACGGAGAGCGUGCCCAGUGAGGAGGUGUCCUCUCAGAAGAACCCCCACCUGAAGAACCUGUACGACGGCCUGGUGAUGACCGAUAAACAGAUGCAGAAGGUGUUCGCCAAGCACGGCCUGGUCAAGCUUAACCCAGACGGAGGGCAGAAGUUCGACCCCUAUGAGCACGAGGCUCUAUUUCACGCCCCUGUGGAGGGUAAAGAGCCCGGCACGGUCGCCGUAGUAACCAAGGUGGGCUACAAACUCCACGGGCGCACCCUCCGGCCGGCAUUGGUGGGCGUGGCCAAAGCCCCUUGAUUAAAAAAAUAAAAAAAGGUUCAGUAUGACUGUGAUGUCAUUGUUUUUGCCUGGGUGACAGAUCACCUUGGCUACUGCAGGCUGGUCAAAGCGCCCCACCCAACCACCUAACGUUGUCUCAAGAGGUGGGAAUCCAACGUGAACUAAUAUUAUUACCAUGGACGACAUCACAGCCUGUUUUGACUUUGCAUACCGAUUCUCCACCCUUCUCCUGAAGUGUGCACUUGCUCACUCCCUGUCAUGAAUUAAAAAGCAUUGGAUUGGCUGGAGGGAGUUUACAGCAUUGUUAAGUCCAUGACAGGAAGUGUGCAAGUGCAUACUUUGCGGGGAAGGAUGUCGAAUUGGGACACAGCCCGUGUAUCUACCAGGUGCAAUUAUGUUUGAGCAGAAGCAACACUUGUGAUGGCACGUACAGCACAGAACCAGUUUGACAAGUCAUUUCUGUCCUAUUUCAGUCAUCAGGAUCAGAUUCCUGUCCAGUCAUUGUAAUUGUUAUGGAUGGGAGAAUGUAAUGUACCUCAUUAUUAUAUACCAAA